CUACAGCACCAGAAAUAUUGUAAUAGCCCAAGUAUUCUGUUGCCAUUUCUAAUUUACAAGUGCUUUCUUGUAAUACAUUCUGUUAACAGAUAAACCUUCAAAGUUCGCUGUAUUAUGUAUAUUUUGUUUUAUUUACAUUUUUUGUGAAACGUACCUUGAAACAAUUUCACAGAGUGUGAGAGGAAAAGGGGCCGGGUGAGUUGAGAUCUCGUCUACUUUCUCGCGAGAAAAGGCUUGUUUUUGAAAAUUGGCGGUUUAGAGGAAGGAAAAGAGCAACACAAAGAUGACGGAAAUCAAGGAUAUUAUUAAAGAGACGUAUGAAAAGGCUCAGAAGGGUCACAACAACAAAGCCAAACUCGUAGCUGCUUUGAAGAGCAAAUAUAACGAGCUGGAAGACAAAACCAUCUUCCAUGAAGAGUUUGUUCAUUAUCUGAAGUACCCCAUGAUUGUUUAUAAGCGAGAACCAGCUGUUGAGAAUGUGAUCGACUUUGUUGCAAAGUUUGCUACAAGUUUUGAAGAACCGGUGGAGAAUGAGGAAGUGUUGGAAGAGAGUGAGGAAGAAGAAAACCCUUUUCUGAAUUACUUGUUUACCUUUUUGCUAAAGUCCCACGAUGCCAACAGCCAUGCAGUUCGGUUCCGUGUUUGUCAGCUUAUCAAUAAGUUGUUGGGAAGCAUGGCUGAAAAUGCUCAAAUUGAUGAAGACCUCUUUGACCGUAUUCAUGAGUCUAUGCUGAUCAGAGUGAAAGACAAGUUUCCAAAUGUCAGGAUCCAAGCAGCUUUGGCCAUGACUAGACUUCAAGAGCCACAGAAUGAGAACUGCCCCACUAUUAAUGCCUAUAUGCUGUUGCUUGAGAAUGACUCAAACCCAGAGGUGAGACGAGCUGCACUGUCUUGUAUUGCUCCCUGUGCCAAGACACUUCCAAAAAUUGUUAAACGCACUAGAGAUGUGAAGGAAAGCGUUCGAAAACUGGCUUACCAGGUCCUGGCUGAAAAAGUCCAUGUAAGGGCUUUGAGUAUUGCACAGAGAGUCAAACUUCUGGAGCAAGGACUGAACGAUAGAUCAGAGGCUGUAAGAGAAGUUGUUCAGAAGAAGCUCCUGCAGGCUUGGCUCCGGCUUUCUCAAGGAAAUGUUCUGGAGCUGCUCUACAGGCUGGAUGUGGAGAACUGUCCAGAAGCAGCGGUGGCAGCUCUGAAUGCCAUGUUUUCAUUAUCAUCUGUUGAUGACCUUCUAAAAGACUGCGAGAACUUGGAUAGCAGGAAACUUAUAUCUGCAGAAAAUCUAACCUGUGAAAACACUCUGUACUGGAGGGCUCUCUGUGAGUAUGUCAAGUCCAAGGGAGAUGAGGGAGAACACGUGUUAGAGCAGCUACUACCUGAAGCAGCCAUAUAUGCUCAGUACCUUUAUGUAUAUAUAAAGAGCAUCCCAGUGCUGGAUGAAAAGCAAAAGUCAGAUUUCAGUGAAGUAGAAAACCUGAUGAAAAAAGAGUUUAUUGCCCAACAACUUAUUCAUCUUGUGGGUUGUGUGGACACUGCUGAAGAAGGUGGAAGGAAGCGUGUUCUGGCUGUACUCCAGGAGAUGCUUGUGCUGCCAAAUACCCCAAACUCUCUUGUAUCACUUCUUGUUGAGAAGCUGGUAACUGUGCUCAAAGAUGAUGACAAAAGAAUACAAGUAAUUGCUGAGAUCAUCUCUGAUGUACGUGAGCCCAUCGUAGCUGUCGGUGAACCUACUUGUGAAAAUGAGGCCAGAAAGAGACAAAUCAAGCUUGCUGAAAUCAAAGUAAAAAUAAUGGAAGCCAAAGACACCCUGGAAGAAUGUGUUGCAGAUCAAGACUUCAAUCGUGCUUCUGAGCUCAAAGAUAAAAUUGCAGAGUUGGAAAAUCUUAGGACACAGUUGAUUAAAGACCCAGAAGAGCCAAUAAUAAAAGAAGUCCGUGUGGAGAAGUUAAUGAUUUCUGGUUGGAAAUUUCCAAGUGUGGGGCUGUCUGUAGAAAACCAUGAAAGCUCUGUAAGUGAACACUCAUCUUUUAUCACCAGAAAGAAUGAUCCAGAGACUUUGCUGAAGUGCCUUACAAUGUGUGCAGAGGUCCUGAAGCAGAUGUCAAAUGACAAAGGAAUUGGUCCCACCAUGAGUGGUCUACUGGAAUCAUUGAUUCUCCCAGGCAUUGCUAAUACACAUCCAGCAGUACGUAAUAUGGCUGUUGUAUGCCUGGGUACCUGUGCACUUCACAGCAAGGAUUUAGCAAACAGACAUCUCCUACUACUGUUACAGAUUGCUCAACUUGAUGAUCCUAAGAUCAGGAUAAGUGCUCUUAAAGCUGUGAUUGACCAGCUCCUGUUGAAUGGCAUGGACGUUCUAAAAGGAAAGCCCUCAAGUCCUCAAAGUGACAAUUCUGGCACAGGAAAUGGGAUUUCCAGUGAAGAUCACGACAGUAGAGAAACAGCUAAGGAGGCUGAAGAAGAAAAUACUGUUAAUAACAUUCUUUCAUUACUUUCUGCAUUUCUUGAUAGUGAGAUCCCAGAGCUCAGAACUGAAACUGCUGAAGGUUUGGCUAAGCUGAUGUUUUGUGGAAGACUCAGCAGUUCAAAGCUGCUUUCUCGCCUUGUGUUGAUGUGGUACAAUCCUGUGACUGAAGAUGACACCCGGCUUCGGCACUGCCUUGGGGUGUUCUUUCCUCUGUAUGCUUAUGCAAGCAGGUCAAAUCAAGAAUGCUUUGAGGAAAGUUUUCUCCCAACCAUACAGACUUUGUUGAAUGCACCUGCUUCUUCACCUUUAGCUGAAGUGGAUAUCGCAAAUGUAGCAGAGUUGUUUGUUGACCUGACAAGACUCAGUGGAUUAAAUCACAACAAGAAAACAGUUUAUCAAGGACUUACAGUUCAUGACUGUUUAGCAGUUCGACUGUGUAAUGAGAUUUUAAAGGACCCAAGAGCCCCAGAAAUCAGGCUGUAUGCAAAGUGUUUGAGUUUACUAGAGCUUGAUAAUGAAGACCUGGAGUCCAUCAAGGACUUGAUGCUGCUUUUGGAAGAAGUCCUGCAGGAGGUGAAGGAUAAAGUAUGUAUAAAGGCAAUUGAAAAGGUUAUCCAUCAGCUAAAACGAGAGACUAAGAGUAAGACUUCAGCUACUUCUAACCAGGAUGCUGAGAUUUCCACAAUUCAAGGUGCAACAGAAAAUGCAGAAGGUGGUGAGAAUGAUGGAGAGCAGCUGAAGAGUGCCAAAAAGGCUAAAAGAGGACAGAAAAAGGUUUCCACAACGGGUACGUCCUCAAGAAGAACACGCAAGGCAAAUGAAGCUUCUGAUGAAAGUGAUGGAGAAGAGUUGGCUGGAGUUCAUGAAGUAGUUACCAGGCCCUCCAGAAGAGCAAAGGCAUUAGCAUUGGAAAAAACAAAGAAGGAUCUUACUGCUCUGAUGAAUAGAGAAGCAAAUGGAGUUUAACAGUCCAGAUAAUCAAUAUAUUUUUCAGUCUGCAUUUUUUCUCAUUACAUGUCUUUUAACACAGCUUUUAAAGGAUUAAAAAAUAAAGUUGAUUUAACCAGUGAA